AACAAGCGCUUGUGAAUGUCGAACAUUUUGGAACAACAUCAUUCGCAAAUUUGCAGCGGAGAUAAGAUAUGGGCGCGAGCACUCAAGAAAUGUUCGCGAAACCAUAAAAUGCACACUUGCGCCGUUGGCCGGAACAUUAAAGUUGCAGCUAUGCUAAACAGAGCCAUAUUCGGACUAUUACUACUAGUGGCGCUGAGUACAGCGCUAGUGUUUGCUGAAGCGCAGGCAGCUGAGGAGACUGUCGACUUUUUAUCAUUAAAAAAGGCGCAAUACUGUACCACCGACAAAUGUCAGCUACCCGAUUGCCGUUGCUCAGGUUUGCGCUUGCCUAGCGCCGAGUUCCGGGGACAUGAAAAGGAAAUACCACAGCUCAUUACGGUUACCUUCGAUGAUGCAGUGAAUGUGAUCAACUACGAACAGUAUCAGCAACUCUUCGACGGACUCGUCAAUCCGGAUAACUGCAGCGCACAAGGCACUUUCUUUGUCUCACACGAGUACACCGAUUAUACGCUGGUGAAUGCGCUCUAUCAGCAGGGUCACGAGAUUGCUUUGCAUUCGGUUACACACGGCUCGGGCACGGGCACGGAUUAUUGGCGUGAGGCGGAUGUGGAGCGCUUGAUGGCUGAAUUUGGCCAGCAGAUGGAAAUGUUGGAGAAAUUUGCAAAAGUUAAUCGCACAGAUAUCAAAGGCAUGCGUUUACCCUUCCUGCAGAUGGCGGGCAAUAACAGCUUCGAGGCUGCCAAGCGUUUGGGUUUGCUGUACGAUAGUUCAUGGCCGACGCAACGCUAUCGCAAUCCGGCUAUGUGGCCCUAUACGCUUGACUAUCGUUCGGUGCAAGAUUGUCAGAUUGGCUCAUGCCCGAAUGCGGCUAUUCCUGGACUUUGGGUUAAUCCAAUGGUUUCGUGGGUUGAUACAGCCGGCUAUAGUUGUGCGAUGCUUGAUGGCUGUAUAUACCAGCCAAAGGAUCAGGUGGAUACGCUGUUCAAUUGGAUGUUGGAGAAUUUCGAUAGGCACUACGAAGGCAAUCGUGCACCGUUUGGCAUGUAUUUGCAUGCAGCCUGGUUCCAGCGUGGGCAACACCAUUUUGAAGCGUUGAGGAAAUUUCUACGCCAUGUGAACACACUGCCCGAUGUCUAUUUGACCACCGGCUCACGCGUCAUAGAAUACAUGCAGCACCCCAGUCUGGGCAAACCAUUCAACGGCUGUCCAAAGAAACCGCAAACAACAUGCGUAAAGCACAAUUGUGGACUCAGAAAGGUGGAGAGCGGCGAGAUACGUUACAUGAAAGUGUGCGAUAGCUGUCCCGAAGUAUACCCUUGGCUAGGCAAUCCGCUUGGGCUGUCGGAAUAUUAAAACGAUGAGGAGAGGUGAAAUUCUAUAAUCAAAAGUACUUGACAACUAAACUUUGGAAAGGGAGAAGCAAUUUUAAUUGGAAAGGCAAAUGUACGUUGAAAGAUGAAAAUAGUAAAUGAAAGUAUUGAAGAAACGAAGCUGGCUGUUCAAUAAAACCGAUUUAAAACGCACUUGAAAUAAAUUAAAAUUCUUGAGGUGGACAAGAUGCAGCAGUUCAGAUGGCAAGUACAGGAAAGCAAGUCUUGGGUGCAGCCUGUUUUGUGUGAGAGGAAAAAUUGCGGCACGUGACACUGUGGGGGAAGAAGUUCUGGUUAGUUCAAGUAACUGCCAGACACUUAAGGUAACUUUUUCAAUAUUCCUG